CUUUACCCCCUAGCAGACAUGGCGGCGGCGGCGGGGGCUCGAGGGCUGCUUCUGCCCGCGGCGCGGCGGCGCCUCUGGGGGUUCGCCGAGAAGCUCUUGGUGCGGGGCGCCACGGGGCGGCCCCCCCAUUGUGGAGGGAACAGGUGGAGAAGUACACAGGCUGCACCGCAAGUUGUUCUCAAUGUCCCCGAGACCCGAGUGACGCGUCUGGAAAACGGACUCCGAGUGGCCUCGGAAGACUCGGGGCUGUCCACGUGCACCGUUGGGCUGUGGAUUGACGCUGGAAGUCGAUACGAAAAUGAGAAGAAUAACGGGACAGCCCACUUUCUGGAGCACAUGGCUUUCAAGGGCACCAAAAAGAGAUCCCAGUUAGAUCUGGAACUCGAGAUAGAAAACAUGGGUGCACACCUCAAUGCCUAUACCUCCAGGGAGCAGACUGUGUAUUAUGCCAAAGCGUUCUCCAAAGAUUUGCCAAGAGCUGUAGAAAUCCUUGCUGAUAUAAUACAGAACAGCACAUUGGGAGAAGCCGAGAUUGAACGUGAGCGUGGUGUAAUCCUCAGAGAGAUGCAGGAAGUGGAAACUAAUUUACAGGAAGUUGUUUUUGAUUAUCUUCAUGCCACAGCUUAUCAAAAUACUGCACUCGGUCGGACAAUUCUGGGACCAACUGAGAAUAUCAAGUCUAUAAAUCGUAAGGACUUAGUGGAUUAUAUCACCACCCAUUAUAAGGGGCCCAGAAUAGUGCUUGCUGCAGCUGGAGGUGUUUCCCAUGAUGAACUGCUUGAGUUAGCAAAGUUUCAUUUUGGUGGAGACUCUUUGUGCACACACACAGGAGAUGUACCAGCUCUGCCUCCUUGCAAAUUCACAGGAAGUGAGAUUCGUGUGAGGGAUGACAAGAUGCCUUUGGCACACCUUGCCAUAGCUGUGGAAGCUGUUGGUUGGGCACACCCAGAUACAAUCUGCCUCAUGGUUGCAAACACGCUGAUUGGCAACUGGGAUCGUUCUUUCGGAGGAGGGAUGAAUUUAUCUAGCAAGCUGGCGCAGCUUACCUGUCAUGGCAACCUGUGCCAUAGCUUCCAGUCCUUCAACACUUCUUACACAGAUACCGGACUGUGGGGACUCUAUACGGUUUGUGAACCAGGCACAGUUGCAGACAUGCUACAUGUUGUUCAAAAAGAAUGGAUGCGACUCUGUACAAGUGUCACCGAAAGUGAAGUUGCACGAGCCAAAAAUCUUCUGAAAACAAACAUGUUGCUGCAGCUUGAUGGUUCAACUCCAAUUUGUGAAGAUAUUGGUAGGCAAAUGUUAUGCUAUAAUAGAAGAAUUCCUAUUCCUGAGCUUGAAGCAAGGAUUGAUGCUGUGAAUGCCGAGACGGUUCGAGAAGUAUGCACCAGAUACAUUUAUGAUAAGAGUCCAGCUAUUGCUGCUGUUGGUCCCAUUGAGCAACUUCCAGAUUUUAACCAGAUUCGCAGUAACAUGCGCUGGCUUCAUGAUUAACAUGCUCCUAAAUCAAGACCUCUGGAACGAUAUCAAAGAGAGACCUACAGAUUUUUAUCAAUACCUAAAGACAAAAAUAAAAAUUGUCUCACAACACA